GCCUCGCGGCAGAGUAUUGGCGCCGCGCCGCGCGCCGCUGCGCCGCCGCGCGCCGUCACACCGCCACCGUCGCUACUUGCGGCGCUUUACACGCCUAUUUCCUUGCUGUCACAACAACGUGUCACCCUUCUUUUGAAUUUACUUUGUUUGCCUAUUAUCACAACUCGAAUCCGCACAGGAACAACGAAAAUCUAUACAUAAACACUAAACUAAUUUCCAUUGUUAUAUAUUUAUUUGCGCUUAGUUUGCCCUAGAGCACAGUGACAUUAUAAACCAGUGAUAACUUAUAAAAAAAUAACCUUUUAGUGUACAAUAAAGCUUUGAUCAAGACGUAAUCACUCGUUAACUGAAACAAUGAAAGUUCAAGGACGGAUACGUGACAGACGAAUCGCGAUCGUACGGCUACGUCAGAGGAACUGGAAUAGAUUCACGUAUGUUGAACGUGAAAUUAAAGGAUAAACAAAUGAACUCCGAAGCGAGCGCCAUAAUAAUGAAACAACAGUCCGCAUCAGGAGGUGUCAAGCAGCAGACACGGGCAGCGUGACCCGGUGCCGCGCCUCGGCCGCGGCGACUCGGCGCAUCGGCAAAACUGGGACAUAUCGAUAAGCGUGUCCCACUUACCUGGAUUUGAAGCGGCCGCGGUGGCACGGUGGUGCGCUGCAUUUCGGACGGAGCCGUCGAAGGCGAUGUCGGGCAAGUCUUACACGUCAGGCAGCGUGCGCUCCUGCGCGGGCUCCGUCAGACUGGGCACAGCGUCCGGCCACGAAGUGGUGCUGGACGCACUCUAUGAGCGUAAGCGUGAUAAGAAAAGCGUCCGAGUGCUCACCGUCAUCAUAUAUGUGUUCUGUGUGUCGCUAGCGGCGAUCAUGCUCUCCCUCUACUACGUAUUCUUCUGGGAGCCUAAGGACGCGCAGUACGCCCAGCGCAAGGUGCUACACAAUGUAGAGAAGCAAAUCAGCACCACACCAUUGCCCACAUGCUUUAUGCCCCAUGUUGGAGGAAGCCAUACCUCAGUGAGUGAUGUAAUCACUGAACCUUCAGCGAGUAACAACGCAACUGAAUUUACGAACACUACAGAUUCGUCAAGCUUUGGCAGUGAGUCUGCCUACGAGCCGACAGUACUUCCUGACUCUACACAAAUCGAAUCUUACAGCAAUAGCAUUUUGGAUGACAUUGGCGCAUUUAACGAAACAGCUAACGCAACAUGACAGCAAAACUCUUAGUUUAGGUAUUAUAAGUUUAAUUUGCAGAAAGUAGUAGCGUUUAAUUAGUUUUCGAUGUAUCGUUUAAUCUUUUAACGUACCUAUCUUAUCGCCGUUUUCAAUAAACGAUCCCAAUUGCUUUUCUCGGUCCAUCGUGAAAAUUGACUAAUCCCAAUAAAGUUUUUAUAUAUGUUUACAAAUGGCUUAUUUUAAUUGGUUUAUUAUCGUGAUCAAAUAAAAGAUUAAGACUAGGAUCGCUUAUUGAACGCUUCCGUUAAUAGUUACUUAAAGAUAGCCUACUGCCGAACGUUCGCGUACAUUGCCAUAAGAGCUUAUGUGAUAUAUGCAUGCAUUGUGUUAGAUAUUUAAUAUUAAAUUAAUUACGGCGCCAAUGAAUCCAAAGGCUGAAAACAAAACACCAAUAAUUUUAAAUACUUAAUUAUAACGUACCAAUCAAUUGACAUGGCCGGUUGACUUUAAACAGAGCGGUACUUACUUAGUAAAUAACUCAAUCUACUGAGCUCUUUAUGUCUAUAAUAUACAAUUUACCGACUUACAUAUUAUAUUAUUUCCUUAAGCAACAACAUUAUAUUUUGACGUUCAUUAAUAGACAAAUUAUAGGUAUAUAAGUAAUACCUAUUCGCAAAAAGUUAACUGACUAUUACAAAAGAGCUAUAACAAUAACAUUAGAUUUUUUUUAAGUACUGUCCAUCAGUAUUUAAUAUAAGAUGAGGAUAAUACCUAUUGGCUACCAACAUAUUAUUCAUUAAUUCUUAUAUAUUUGCCUAAUAAUAAACCUUAUAAUUGUAUUAUAUUAGGUUAUAUACUUUAAGUGUUCAAUAAGGAGAGUUUGGAAUACUCUCGAAAUUUUUGUGUAUAGAAAAUCAUUAGAAUAACAUGAAUAUAUAGGUUCAACUAUUUGUGCAAUCAAACACCCAAAUAGGUAUAUACAAUUAUUAAAUGUGGUAUUCGUUCAAACCACCUUUCGAAAUAUCCCACGAGGUUCGAUUAUGCAGAGGAAUUACGAGUAAAUGUGCCCAGUUGGUAAUGUUUUUAAUUUAAAAAUAUAUAGUCCUUACAGACUUUUAAUAACUCUUACGACUGUCAUUCGAUUAUUACUUAAGUAAAUAAAAAAUAUAAAAUACCAAGCUAAUUUAAACAUCUAGUUCAACAAUGUAGAGAUCUUAAAGAUAAACAUACCGACUUAACGGCUUUAAAUAUAGGUAAGUAGUUAUAAUCCGCGCGCGACCAUAGAGUGAUGCGACCUUCCGGAACUGUCGGCACACUCGCGCUAAUCCAGAUACAAAUGAAAUAAAUAUGUAAAGAUUUUGUGGAUUUUUACGUAACUAUAAUUUCGUACCUAAAUAAUAAUUUAAUACAUAUACGCAUAUUUUAUACACAUAUAAAUAUACCAAGGUACCUAUGUAAAGUAUCGUGAUAAAACCUACAUACCUGGGAAUUCUCUAUAAAAAUUUCGAAAGUAUGUGAAGCCGUGGUGCGUGCGUGUAAACGAGGCGGACUAAGGCCUAAACCUUCUUAAUAAUAGAGUAGUUCCGAGCUUAGGAGUGGGCAGUAUAUAAAUUUAAGGCUGGAUUACUUUUAUUAUUUAACAAGGUUUCAUCCCAUGCUCAUUGCGCGCGGAUUAAACAUUGUAAUUUAAAUAAAAUAUUAAAACUUUAUAAAAAAUAAAAAAAAUAAGAAUACUGGAAGUACAAUUAAAUAUCUUUUUGUAAAACAGAAAUAAUCUAAGAUAAUUAAAAUUUUAUCCUGUCUCCCAUAGUAGAGAAUGACGUCUGCGCAUAACCUUAUCAAAUUUUAUACAUUUAUUUAUCUCUAGAUUCUCAAGAAUCAGGACUAGCGACUAAAAACCUAUGAUAUGAAGAAAAAUAAUUUUAAACCUACUUAAGGAGCUUUCAAAACUCAAUUUUCACCGCGUGAAUUUUAAAUCGUUGACGCAUAUAUCCCUAAUACAGAUAUGAUGCCAUAUUGUGUUACAGACUGAUGUUAAAAAUAUCUCACUGCUGUUUUCACAAUGCGAAGUAAAUCUUAAAUUCUUUACUUCCAUUGCAAGUGAUAUGGUUAACUUCAACGAAACAAAGUUACUAAAAAUGGGGCAUUAUGUAAGUAAAUUUUUAAUAUGUGUUAGUAUAAUUUUUAAUAAAGUUUAUGCAAUUUUAUUGAUUAGAUGACAAACACAACCUGAUCAGAGUUUUGCAAUAUCUAUCAAACUUAAAAGUGUUUAUAUGUGUAUUGUUAUGUAUAUAAGUAAGUAUACACAUAUAUACACCUACACCGCACUUGAUCUUCAAUAAUGUAAUAGAUAUAAGUAAGGGAAACAUUUGAAACAUUAUUUAAGAUUAUGUUUUAAAGUAUUGUUUUGGGUUUUUAUACAGAGUGGCGCAAAUGUUAUCUUUUAUAAUUUAUUUCACAUGGUGUUAUGUUAUAAGCAUUAUAAAACGAUUUGCAAAAUACGAACAAAAUGUAAAUACUUAGGUAGUCGUUUAGUGUUAGAACGUUUUUUCAUUUCCAUAAUUCCCGAAAAACUUUGAUAUAAGUAAUAGGUAACUAAAAUGUAUUACAUUGAAUGAUUCGCGUAAACAUAAGAAAUCAUUAUAAAAAUUGUGAAAAAACAAUCAAUAAAUUAUACAACUAUGUAUUAAAACAAAUCAAAACAGUCAGAUGAAAAUAGAGGCACAAAAUUGUAUGAAUUAUUAUUUUUUAUUGCAUUUUUCGGAAUCAAGGAUUUCAACUAGUUAGAGAACAUUUACGCCAUAUUGUAUAAACUCUAACAUAACAGGGCACUAACUUUACUCAUUACCUAUUGAAAAUGUAAUUAUAACAUGGGAUGAUGUAACAUUUUAUCCAAAUUUAUUAUCUACUACUUGAGUACAAUUUUGUAAUAUAAAGUCAACAUAAGUUUUUAACAAGAAGUGUAAACACAUAGUGGAAUAGUGAUAAAUAUCACAGAUCUAAGUUUAGAUACGUUUUGUAUGUCUGUUCGUACGUAUUCUAGAAAUUUGCUUAUCUUUUUGUCGACGGUUCUCCCAGGCAUGUACUUAUUUUUCUAAUUUUAAUAAUCUCAAAACUUGUCAAAUGAAGAGUAAACGAAUUAUAAUUGAA